GAUUGAUUGAUUUAGUUCACUCAAUCACUAUAAAAUCCUUCAUUCAUUCAUGGAGACAAUGAAGAGCAAAAUGUCUCCAACUAAAGUAGACGCUGAGAAUGGGGAGACUACAAACCAUGAAGACACUAAUGGCAAAAAAGCUCUUGGAGGCAUCAAAACCAUGCCAUUCAUUUUAGCAAAUGAAGUUUGUGACAGAUUUGCGGGAGUUGGAUUCCAUGCCAACUUGAUAACCUAUUUGACCCAGCAAUUGCAUCUACCGAUGGUUAAGGCUUCAAACAUACUAACAAAUUUCGGUGGCUCGUUAAGCUUCAUGCCCCUUAUAGGUGCUCUAAUUGCCGAUUCUUAUGCUGGCCGUUUCUAUACUAUCGUCGUUGGCCUUCUCAUUUAUUUACUGGGUAUGGUUUGUAUAACUACAUCGUCGAUACUACCACAGCUUCGGCCACCACCAUGCCCGUCGAAAGAAAACUGUAUAGAAGCUUCUUCGUCUCAACUAUGGAUCCUUUACCUCUGCCUUCUACUGACGGCCAUCGGGUCAGGUGCCAUCCGCCCUAACGUAGUCACUUUUGCCGCGGACCAGUUUGAUAUGAACACGGGGAAAUCAAACCCAAGUAGUGCGGGUCGUAACUUCUUCAAUUGGUACUAUUUCUGUAUGGGAGUCGCAACACUCAGUGCUUUAACGGUUGUGGUCUAUGUCCAAGAUCAUGUAGGUUGGGGCAUAGGACUCGGGAUCCCAACUGUUGCAAUGGUCUUGUCGUUUGUUGCAUUUGUUGUUGCAGCCCAUCUUUAUAGGAGGGUGAAGCCCGAAGGUAGCCCGUUGGUUCGGGUGGCUCAAGUAGUGGUGGCCGCCGUUAAAAAGAGGAAAGUUGUAGUUCCUGAAAACACAUCUCUUUACGAAAAUAAAGAGUUGGAUGCUGGAAUUUCGGCAGAUGGAAGGCUUCUUCAUACGAAUACUUUACGGUGGUUUGACCGAGCUGCUAUAGUGACACAAGACGACAUGAAAGAUUCUACCUCUCCGAACCUAUGGCGGCUAGCAACCGUUCAUAGGGUGGAAGAGAUAAAAUCUGUGAUACGAAUGGUACCCAUUUGGGCGUCCGCGAUUCUCUUAGUGACAUCAUCCUCCCACCAGCAUAGCUUCAUAAUCAUACAAGCGGGAACCAUGGACCGUCACAUGGGCCCGUCCUUUGAAAUACCACCGGCAAGCCUGUCAGUCUUUGGUAUCCUCACGAUGCUCGUUUGUCUCUCCAUGUACAAUCGUUUAUUCGUCCCAUUUGCACGUCGUUUCACUAAAAACCCCGUAGGGAUCACAUGUUUGCAACGAAUGGGGAUCGGUUUUGCAAUAAACAUACUUGCAACAUUAGUCUCGGCAUUAAUUGAAAUAAAGCGAAAACAGGUUGCAGCUAAAUAUAACUUACUUGACAAACCAAAUGAAGUCAUUCCCAUAUCGGUUUUUUGGCUUGUUCCUCAGUUUUGCCUACAUGGUUUAGCUGAGGCUUUUUCGUCUGUUGGUCAUAUGGAGUUUCUUUAUGAUCAAUCACCCGAAAGCAUGAGAAGUACUUGUAUGGCAUUGAACUCGAUCACAGCUUCCAUAGGGAGCUAUUUAGGCACAUUCGUGGUAUCGGUAAUUCAUGCCAAUACCGGAAAGGAACACAAUUGGCUACCGGACCGCAAUCUAAACAGGGGAAAACUAGAUUACUACUAUUAUGUAAUGAGUGGAAUACAAGUAGUGAAUUUGGUGUACUAUGUGAGUUGUGCUUAUUUGUAUACAUAUAAACCACUUGAGUUGAUCAAAGAGAGUGACGACGACAACAACAACGACAAAAAUGGUGAUUUGGAGUUAGCGACGGAGACAAAACAGUCCGCGAAGCCGUUACUAAAUGGUCAAAACCGAGGCAGUGAAGAAAACGGGGAUCAAGAGUUCAGUGACAAAAGAAAGUGAAAAUGUGUCCUUGACAAUAUGGUUAGAUAGUUACCAACCACAUUGUAUAGUAACAAAAUAAAAGUGUGAAAAAAAAAAGAAGUUACAAAUCAAGUACUCUUUUAAAGUUAUGAAUAUGGACUAGAAGAUUAUAAUGUUAGUAAAA